AACUUACAUGUAUCUGCUUUUGUUUGCAUUACUGUCGUUGGCUGAAGCCCAGACUCCGAAAAUACCAAAAACGCAGUUCGACCUUCCAGGUUUGCCUAUAAGCGUUGGUGCAGGGAUCGAUGAUAAAAUUCCAAAAGGUAUAAUUAAAUUCCAGAAGCCAGAUUUAACCGCUUGGGGAGCUACAAAUUUUCGUGGAAAGUGGGAAGGUGGACUAGGAGUCAGGACAGGGAAUUGGGAUCUUGGGGGCCAGGGAUCAAUCAAUAGUGGUGGGCGUUGGGGUGCUACUGUGGGUGCAUCCAGAGGGAACUGGGAUUUCUCAGCUUUCGGCAGAAACGCUGGGAGAGGUGUCGAAGUCGGUGCUGGGGUAAAAUUUAGGUUUGGCGGAUCAAGCAGAAGAAGAGGAGGCGGAGGGGGAGGAGGGAGGCACAGACUUGAGAAACUAACUCUUCAGGAAGUGUCGAGAUCUGAUCGCAUGCAAUAAUUUUCAAGAACAGGUUUUACAUCUGCGCAAAGAACGCUAUGUGAUAUCUUUAAGGCAUCACUGCUGCGAAAAUAGAUAUAUAAAGAAAAAAUUGAAAUACUUCAAAGCAUUGUUUGCUGAUUUGUUAUCUUUUCAUUUGUAUAUGUAGGUCAACAAUGGAAGUUUUGUUAUUU